UUCUAAUUCCUGCCAUAGCACUCUGUUGUCUUUGCCGGUGCCCACCUUUCACGUGCGUCCGAUUAAAAUCCGGCGGUUCGAGAGUUUUCAAGAGACUACGACCAGAACGUGGGAUGUUUGGCACCCACAGGAGCACCACAGUAUCUAGAUGUGCUUUUUUUUUUUAAUUUCAAUUUCAAUGGCCAUCCCGUCCAAAUCCCCAUCUCUUCUCAUCCCGAAUAUCUCUGGCUAGCAUCUGGUUUGGAGGCGCUCAACGGAAGACGAGGGGCGGCGCCACCACACGGAGCUGCAGUGGCCGUCUCCAUGGCGCGCUGCCGGAAAAGACCUCGCCCCUACCGCGCGCUGCAGGGGCCGUCUCCAUGGCGCGCCGCCGGGAAGGGCCUCGCCCCUACCGCGCGCUGCUGGCCCCGUCUCCAUGCUGCGAUGCAGGGGACGUCUCCAUCGCGCGCCGUCAGGAAGAGCCUCGCCCCGAAUGCGCGCUGCUGACCCCGUCUACAUGGCGCGCCGCCGCGAAGGGCCUCACCCCUGCCGCGCGCUGCUGGCCCCUUCUCCAUGGCGCGCGUCGCUGGGUCCUCAACUCUACUGCGCGUCGCUGGGUCCAGCAUGCCGUCGGGCUCUGCCAAUGGAUAGAAUCCUCUUCCUCUCAACUCCCGCACCAUCCUUGCUCCAAGGAUGUAAUAAUAGCAGGUUAUCUAUAUUUCUUGUUGUAAAUUUUAGAGCUGGGAUAUACUUUUUGAUUUUUUUUAUACAUCUAGAAUUAACUUUUUCCCUUUUUCUACAUCCAGAAUGAUGGCAGCAGAUGUAAUUUUUUCCCUUUUUUACAUCCAGAUCUUGAAAAUAGUAGGUUUGCACGGAAUUUGUAUGUAAUUUUUUUCUUUUUUCUACAUUCACACUGCCCCUUUUUUACAUCCUCAAUUGGAAUCACAAACACUAGUAUAUUUUCUGGGAUUUAACUUUGUGCAGUUAAACUCCAAUUUCUUACAUGCAAAUAUUUGUUCUGAACUCAAGGAAGAAUACACAAGAUGCAGUUACAGUACUUCGUGUUUUAUUUUGUGUGAAUUUGUACACGAUUCAGAGCUUGCUUUUGUUUUUGUCAUGAAUUUGCAACGGAGCGGGGUAAUGAGAAGGCGGGGUGGUCCCCGUAUUUCACGUGUAGACCGGAGCGGAGAAGGAAACCUGUGGGAUCAGAACUUUUCUAUAUUUGGAACACGGAGAUGUCGGGCAAUUUUAUUUCCUAAUGUGGGUGGGGCACCGUGGUAGACUAAUUAGUGCUAUAGCACCCUGUAGCAACGUCCCAAAAUAUUUGGCGCUAAUGUAAAUUUGCCGCUGACGCGCGGUAAUGUAAAAUAUAUUCCCUCCAAUUAUCUUAACAAAAUGCCCUGAUUUAUACCCACCUCGGCCUCGCCGCCAUUGACAUAACCGCGCCGCCCUCCACUCCACAUCUCCAGCGAUGUCAUCCUUGACCUCCUGGCCUUUCCCCUAAGCCCCCGCCCCCCAUUACUCAGCACACAAAUCAAUUGGAUCGCAUCUGCAUCGGCCUGGUUCACCGCGCCGCCGGCAAGAGCACAAAGCUUCACGGCUACAUCUCGCGGAUGGCCAUGGAAAUUUGGAACAUUAACUUGUACUAUGAAGAUGAGAAUAAAAAUCAUAAAGUUCUUGAAGCAUCAAUGGACAGGACCAAUAUCUCCUUUUAUGACUUGGUCAACUUGAUUGAAGGUGUUGGCUUCUCGGGGAUUGAUUACCUCUACUACAGGAAGAAAUACGCUCGCGGCAAGGGCCAUCUAGUACACAUCGAUAACGACACUCAUGUGCGGAAAAUGAUAACUGACCACAAUAAGGAGAAGAGGGUACAGUUGUACGUGUAUAAGGAGAGGGCCAACAUUGAUGUUGCUCCAUCAGAACCUCAGGGUGAGGAUGAUGGACCCAUUACAAGCUUUGAGGAGGAGGAUGCCUUCCCUGAAGGAGCAACACAAACUAGGACGAGCAAGUCACAAACAAUGGUGCGUAAAUCAAAAAGAUUGAAUGUGGUUCAGAGCCGUGCUCAGUACGCCAAUGGAGAUUUCGCCAAUAGUGAGCAAUCUCGGUCAUCACGUGAUCUGCUUGAGACACAUGAAUUGGAAGAUAACGAGGAUCAUCUUACUGAGCGAGAUGACAACCUCGAUAAUAUGACUGGUGAUGGUAAAGCUGUUGACAAACGUGGAGCACAUUCCCUGCCAGCUGUUUGGAACAUGCCAGAUGGAGCACGCAUAGUUGUAAAAUGUAAUAAUCUUGGCCAGCCUAUUGGGGACGAAGGUGGAGUCCUAGGGAAAUUUCUUGGCACAAUAGCUAGACUUGGGGGCUAUUGCCCACUUGACAAAAAGGAUUGGCGUAAUGUCAAGAAGGAUGGUGGGGCUGACACAAUACUUCAGUGUGUACAGCGACAAGAAGAUCCUGAAAAGAAACAACCACAUAGAGCGAAGGUUUAUUUAGCGACUCAUAGAAAAAAAGAUGAAGAAAGAAAUAAACAUGUGGCUGACUUGGCUGACUUGGAAAAGCUAAUACAUAAUGAACCAGAGCUAGCACAAAGUGACCAUGGAAAAGUUGCAUGGAAAGGUGAUGCCUUACAUACAAUUUUGGGGGAAGAAAAGCCUGGACAAGUGCAUGGCAUGGGUUUGCUUCCAGUGCCUAACCAAGUUUAUGGUCGGUUACCACGCUAUCUCAAGAACAUCAAUAUGACUACAACAAACGGGUCAUCACAUGCCGGAGAGAGUGAUGUUAUGGAGGAAAUAGCAAAGCUCAAGCGGAGUAUAGAAGAGCAGGACCAACGCAUAGAAGAGCAAGACCAAAUUAUUGAAGGAUUUAGAAACCAGGAUGAAGCCAAUUUACGCCAAGGCAAUGAUGAAUUUCAGCUGGAAGUACCACAGAAUAGAAGAAAGAGAGUUCAUGCUAGUGGACCUGAGCAAGUACGCUUAGUGAGCAGACCAAAAGAUACAAUAAAGCAUCAUCAUGACUGCGAGGGUAGCAAUGAAUUCUCAUAUCAAGGACAAUCAUCACCAACACCUCCUUUUCCUGAAGAACGGGAGCACAUGAGAAAGAGCGGUGAGAAUCUGGAUGAAAAUUCGAGAAGAGUGCACAAACAAAUGACUCAAAACAAGACUCCAAGCCAUAUGUCCUCAAAGAAGAGAUGUCGUCCUUCGGAAGAGAUUCGUAAUGCAGUAAUUUUGAAAUCUUCAAUAUAUCCAAAUAAAAGGCGCGUGGCAUAUGCAACUAUUUUGGAUAGUAAUUCAAAAACAUUGGUUGGUGGUGUUGAGCUGGGCCGACAAUUUACACAUGUGCAAAUUGAUGAACCUAUUGGCGAAGAUGAGCGCUUGGUAAGAGAAAGGGAGAAGUGUGUGACAAUCGGUGAUGCUUUUUCCUCUGGAGUAACAAUUGCUUGGCCUUCAGCAUGUAUUGAGAAGUUCAGUGGAUGACUUGAGAGUUGAUAUUGAUGCUUUGUCUAACGAUGGAGUGAAGAUGGAAAAUAUGUAGGAUUGGUCUGAGAAAUAUCGAAGGGCAGAUUGGAGCAGCCAUGAUUGGUGUUUUUGCAUAGUCACGAUGAUAUUAAGUAUUUCAUGUAUUAUAGGUUAGCUUAGUAUGUUGAGAAAUGUAGUAGUUUUUCUUAAAUACGCAUCAUCUAUGUGUUCAUUGUUAUGAAUGCUAUGAAGUGACAUGAAACACGUUGGUUUUAUCUCCAUAAUGCAUUUCAUA